AUGGCCUUUCGUGUCCCCAGUCAAGUCCACCAUCAGAGACGCUCUUCUCUUCAAAAUGCCUCUCCGCGUCCUGCUCCCCCGGCCGUCCAAAUCACCCCCUCGACAUACAGCCCGCGCGAGGAAGAGUCGCAGGAAUGGGUGCUCUUCUCCCCAGAGACUGCUCCGUCGACGACAGCCCGCACACAUACGACGUCGACGGAGCGGACCCCCCGUACAGCCGGGCGAUCGCGGUUGAGUGACUUUGGUUCGCUUGGUACCGCUCUCCAGUCGGGCACCGACCUAGAGCACGACCAUGAUGAUUUGCUGGAAGAGGAUGCCACUGAACUUGACAGUCUUGACGAUGGCUUACACGCCUUCCGUGAGCCUACUCCCUUUGAACCGGCGCCAGAUCAGUUUCAGUUGCACCAGAGCGAUCCGGCCGUACUGCCAGCGCACGACGGACUGGGGACAUUCGCUCCAACCAGCUUGCAUAUCCAGGAACAAUUAUGGCAACAUGAGCCAUUCAACCCUCUCAGAAAAGGAGAGACAAGACCUCGACGCAGGUCAAGUGUACAACGGCAUUUGGAUUCUGUUGAUGAGAUGCAGAAUUGGGAUAUGGACAAGGAUAGGUGGCAGCGGAUUGAGCAAUGGCGCAUGGAGCAAAGCAGGGCCCUGCUGCAAGAAAUAGAAAAAGAAACGAGACGAAAACGAUACAGCCGACAGGGUCGUGUUAUUCGACCAGCCCAAGGCGUUGAAAGGCAGCCUUCAAGUGCUGCCGUUGAGACUGUCACCGAGUCUAGCGCCGCCAGCGGCGAAAGCCAAGCAGAUGCUUCCCAGGAAGGAUCAAAAGAGAAUCUUGAAGCGGAAGAGUCUUUUUGGAGACGGAUUACGCGUAAAGUGAUUCGAGACCUCAUCGGCAUUGACGAUGCUAUACUUGCCGUUAUCUUCGGCGAAGCUCUUGUGGAAGAUGUCGAGGAAGAAAAGCAUGGCCAAUCCGAACAUGCUAGGAGCCAACAAGACGAACAAUCAAAAUCGAAAAUUAGAAUCGAUACUGAAAGACCAAAGGACCUGGACGAAAUGCUGAAGGGUGUGAUCUCACCGUCGUCAUCUUCAGCAGUAUCUAGUGAUGGGGAGUGGCAGCAACGACUACUGGAUCGCAUCGCCCGAGAGCUGGGUGUCCUAGUUCAUCAGCUCUGCGAGCAUCCAGGCGCGUUCUCAACUUAUUUGAACACGUCUGCCUCGCCGCCCAGUGAUUUCCCAGGCAUCAGCACCUCGAAAGCACCUUCGUUUUCAUCUCAAUCGCGACCUAGAACCUCCAGGUCUGCAUCGUACGGUAGCUCUAAAAACUCACCUGCGGAAUUUACUCCAACCUUUACCCCAACCCUCCAAGACACUGCUGGGCCCAACCACGCUGCUCUGUGGGGUAUUGAGGAAGAAGAUCCGCUGAAUGCAAACGGAAGGCAAUCUUCAGCGGACGCCCCUCAUUUUCCCCGUUCAGAAGAUGGCGAGUACUGGGAGCAGGACCUAGAUAUGAAAAUGGUUUUCCACUACCUCUACAAAACCCUUGCCGGCAAAGCCCCAUUCUCGAAUGAUGGCACCUCCACUCCGAAACCUUCAAGUCCCAAUGGGCAAGAAGGACAAGAUGCGUCAUGCCGUGCAGCCAUAAUACGGCAUCAUCAUCCCCUGGUGGCACGGGCAGAUGCACACGCCCGUUCCCACCGCCCGCCUCCGAGACACUGGCAGACCAGCUCUCUGGCACAGGACUCCGCGCCGGCAGGAUUAACAACCCUACUACUGCUGCUGCUGCUGGUACUCCCUCGCCCGCUUGGUAGUGGAUCAAGCAGACACUACUGGGAUAUUGGUGGCAGUGUGGGCAGUGGCAGUGCUAUUGUGACCGUUGGCGGUGCAGGUGGGAUGGGAAGCUGGGGUGAUGUCUGA